AUGACUGAUCCUUAUCCCAAUGGCUUCAAUGGAUGGUUCAAUCUCAAACCAUUUAGCCAGUUCUCCACCUCCACCUCCACCGCCACCACCUCCACUCCAGAAUCUCUUUAUACUUUUAAUUGCAUCUAUUCCACGAGUAGUUCCAACGACAAUUGUUUGUAUUAUACACAGUACGAAUCCUCACCCCCUUCCCCACCUAUAAGAGAAGCUCUUCCACUUCUAAGUUUGAGCCCAACAAGGUCUGCAUCGCAUCACUCAUCUUGCACUGCCAUGGAUUUGGAUGAUAAGAAAUUAGAGAAUGAAAAUCAGGUACCUGAUGAUGAUGAUGAUGAAGCUGUGACUUUGGCUUUAAAUUUAAGGAUUCCUACUCCUGAUUCUGAUUUGAUUUCAAGAUUUAUCUCAUCCACCUCAGAUGGAGUAAAUUAUAGUAGGGAAGAUGUAACCGUGGCUAAUGGAUAUGCCACAACUCCCCUCAACAGGGGUCAGUAUUGGAUCCCAACCCCUGCCCAGAUUCUGAUGGGCCCCACUCAAUUUUCUUGCCCUCUCUGCUUCAAGACCUUCAGUAGAUACAAUAACAUGCAGAUGCACAUGUGGGGGCAUGGAUCUCAGUACAGAAAAGGGCCAGAAUCUCUAAGGGGUACACAACCAACAGCCAUGCUUAGGCUUCCUUGCUAUUGCUGUGAGCCAGGUUGCAGGAACAACGUUGACCAUCCAAGAGCCAAACCCCUCAAAGAUUUCAGAACCCUUCAAACUCACUACAAAAGAAAGCACGGAAUUAAGCCAUUUGUAUGCAGGAAAUGUGGAAAGGCCUUCGCUGUGAGGGGAGACUGGAGAACCCAUGAAAAGAACUGUGGAAAACUAUGGUACUGCACUUGCGGAUCAGAUUUUAAACACAAAAGGUCACUGAAAGAUCAUAUUAAGGCAUUUGGAAAUGGCCAUGCAGCUUAUGAGAUUGACACUUUUGAUGAAGAAGAUGAACCUGCUUCUGAAAUUGAGCAAGAUAAUGAAUCCUCUCAGUGA